CUCAAGAUCAAGAAAAUAAUACCCUUAUAAACGGUUGUAGACAAUGGAUCAUCCUUACUUUAACUCCCUCACCAUGACCGCCCCGCUUGCUAUCCCAUCCAGGUCUCCAAGAACCGUCGCCGCAUCCAUAUCUCCAUCAUCCCAGACACUCCACGACAGGCUGCGCAAGCGUGACUCCCUCCGAGUCUCAGCCGCUAUCAGACAACCAAAGGUUCUUCACCCAGUCGAAAACGAUGACCUCAAGCUUUUGCUCCUAGAGAACAUCAGUCAGGAUGCAGUUCGAGCUCUCCAAGCCCAGGGCUUCCAUGUCGACCACUUAAAAAAGGCUCUCACUGAGGAUGAGCUAGUAGAAAAGAUUUCCCAGUACCAUGCGAUAGGCAUACGUAGCAAAACCAAGAUCACAGAACGAGUCAUUAAAGCCGCACACAAGCUUCUUGUGAUCGGCUGUUUCUGUAUUGGAACGAAUCAGCUGGUAUUCCCCGUCUUCAACUCUCCGUUCUCAAAUUCGCGCUCCGUUGCAGAGCUUGUCGUGUCCGAGUUGAUCGCGCUUUCGCGCCAGCUUGUUGAGCGUUCCCAUGAGCUGCGCCAGGGGAUCUGGAACAAGCAGUCGAAAGGCUGCUGGGAGGUUCGAGGCAAAACGUUGGGUAUUGUCGGCUACGGGCACAUCGGGUCACAGCUCUCAGUGCUUGCAGAAGCCCUUGGCAUGCGUGUCAUCUUCUACGAUGUCAUCAAUAUCAUGCCACUUGGUUCGGCCCGACAAGUCGAUAACCUCCCUACUCUGUUGGCAGAAGCCGAUUUCGUCACGCUUCACGUUCCAGAACUUCCUGAGACCAUAAACAUGAUUGGAGCACAGGAGCUUGCGCAGAUGAAAGUGGGGUCCUACCUCAUUAACAACGCUCGCGGACGCGUUGUCGACAUCCCAGCCCUGAUCGGGGCUCUGCAGUCGAAGCACCUCGCAGGUGCAGCAAUAGAUGUAUACCCACAAGAGCCGGGGUCCAAUGGGGCACCAUUCGACGAUCAGGUUAAUGCGUGGUCGAGCACUCUGCGCAGCUUGCCAAACGUUAUACUCACGCCUCACAUCGGCGGAUCAACAGAGGAAGCGCAACGCAUGAUUGGGGAGGAAGUGUCUCUUGCUCUCACUCGCUACCUGAACUACGGCUCCACCCUUGGGGCAGUUAAUUUCCCCGAAGUCGACCUCCGCGCAAUCACCGCAGAGCAGGGUAACCAUGUCCGUGUCUGCCAUGUUCACAGCAAUCAGCCUGGUGUGCUGAAGCAGGUCAACGAGGUUCUCUCGCCAUACAACGUCGAGAAGCAGUACUCGGACUCGAAGGGCGACGUUGCAUACCUGCUGGCGGAUAUUGCAGACGUCAGCCCCCAGGAUGUGAACAAGCUGCGGGAGAUGAUCAGUCACACGAGCGCGAACAUCCUCACGCGUUUACUGGCUUGAUGGUGGGAGUGUAUGCAUGUGCAGAUCUAAAAAUUCAUUGACCGAAACGGACGGUUCCACCCACUAUAUCUCCUGGAGGUCCCACUCAACUGGUAUCCUAUGUUUCGAAUAAAGAUGUAUCUUACGCGUUUCUAAGCUGUAAAAACCACUCCAAGAUGUCUUAUUAGGAUCAAUUACAGUGCUUCCGUGAUGAAAUACCAA